AUGGACCCUACUCUGUCGUCGACCUUCUGGUCCAGCGCGCGGCUGUCAUCGACCUCCACAUCGAGCACUACAACCACAACCUCGACGACAACCACCACGACCAACCCUUCCCUCACCAGCAACAGCGACGUCAGUACUUUGAUCAUCAACACAGUACCCCCCACAACCCUUACCACCCGAACCGUCGGCUAUGCCACGACCCUCACCUCCGCCCGACUGCCGCCGAUCAGCAUCAUCUUCGUCCCUCCGCCUGAGCCAACUAAAACUGUAGUCCACACCGCAGUCGGAACUCUCGGACCCACUACCACCCUCACCUGCACCCAAGUCGAGGCUACCUACUAUUAUGCCGACUUCGCUGGCUCCGUCUACAGCACAAGCACCCAGGACUUCAUCUACGGACCGGCAUCGACAUCAUACACCGCAGGCGAGAAUAAUUUCAACGAUUCUGGCGGUGGUGGGGCUUUCAACAACUGGUCCGCUGGUGCCAAAGCCGGACUGAUCGUUGGUGUGGUGCUCGCAGCCUUCAUCCUGCUGUGGCUUUGCGUGUGUUGCUACAAGAGGAAUGCGAGGUGGGUGGCUCAUGAUUGGCGUUGGGCCGGUGCUGUCGAGGGCAGUGUGCCAGGUGCGGCUAAGGCGAACAUGAUGCACGGCACAGGUGUCAUCACGAGUCCCGUCACCACUAUCGUCACGCCGAGCUAUGGCUAUACGUCGCGGAUGCCGCCAGCGUACCUCAGAGGCGGCAGGGACGUAAGCAAGGGGUUCUGGGGUAGGGUUAAAGAUCUAGUAACAGACUGGAUGAUGAAAAGAGAGUUGAAGAAGGCGGUCGCCAAAGGUUUGACAGACUAUCAGGCUGAGCAAGGUGUCGAGGGUGAGCGGCCGGCCUUCUAUUGCCCUCCUACCAGUCAGUCUGCCACGCCGAUUCGGGUCCUGAGGGAAAUGCGGCAAGCCAGCGCUGAGCGUGAGGCGAAGAUCGCGAGAGUCUGA